AUGUUUAACAGUCGACUGAUAAAGACUGGAAUAAAAACGGAAGAGAAGGAAAAUGAAAAAGGUCUUGUGAAUGUAAGUUUAAUUGUUUAAUUUCUAGUAUGUUUAGGUAGAUGAUUUCAAACCUAGAACCUCAGUUUUGUGUACACCACCGAAAGCGUCUGUAAAACGGAGGAUCAACUCUCCGAACUCGAAAUGGGCCGAGAUUCAGGCCAGGUUGAGAUCGCCGAGUUUCAAGAAGAAGAUCGAAGAAGAAACGGAGCAGAUCAUGAAGGUGGAAGUCAAGUACAACGCCAAAGACAGAGAAAGCAGAUGUAAGAUGCAUGCCAAAGACGACUGUGCUUGUUGUCGACCUUACUACGAUGCUUUGGGGCUUUCUGAAGAAGAAACCAAGAAGCGGAUUCAGCAAGUUGGGAAGCAUCGAGCUCUUCAUCACUACGACAAGACUCCACCACGGUAUUGGGAUCUGGAAAUGAGGGUGUUUAAGUCUCCGAAGAACAGUCCUAGUCGAACGGUCGUUAAGAAGCGGAGGAAAUGA